AUGCUUCGGGUGUUGCAUUUGGCCGGACCGACGUGCGAGAUACGACAGCAUUAUGUGCCGAUCCUGCUACAGCAGAAACAGGGAGUCCAUCCUAAGAAUCCUCCCGCGUCUCUGGGUGAGCACAACAUCACUUUUGGUUUGCGACUGGUGUUCCGGAAUGGUUCAUUCUUUCCUACUCACGUCUCGUUACGCUGGAAUAGCUGGGAGAAUAUGCUAAAAGUGGAGAAAUCAAAAUCACAUAUCAGCCGGAGAGGUAAAUCGGACCUUCCUCCUGAAGCGGGUCGUGUACGAAAGAGACUAAGCUUAUCAUCAGCAUCUUUUGCGAUACGGAAGUUUUUUAGCGGUCGUCGUAGAGGAAGCUCACCAAGCACACCUCGCCAUUCGUUGUCACCCGGCAAACUGAGGAAGAAUUCCAAACAAGAUGAGUUAACCAAAGCGUUCGACGAAGUCUCGGAAAAUAAUCGAGUAGAAACCCAGGAAGGUUGGAAUUACCUGACGUCACCAAAAGAUAGGAAAAUGAAAAAGAUGCGUCGUAAGCAGAUACGGCCUUUUGUUGAGCAUGCCCUCAGGAGGACUCCCAUUGGUUUGUCAGCAGAUUUCCGCCAGAUGAAGAGGAGCAACGAUCCUUCGAAGAUGACGGAAUUCGUGUCUCAAAUUCCUCACGGAAAGAAUCGUUAUAAGGACGUCGGCUGCCUUGACAAUAAUCGUGUCGUUCUUAAAAUCGGCUCCUGCUCUUACAUACAUGCCAACUUUGUGGCUUCACCAAAUAAUCCAAGAAGAUUCAUCUGCACUCAAGGACCCUUGCAAACAACAUGUUCUGAAUUCUGGUGCAUGGUUGUACAGGAGGAAGCGGAAGUGAUCCUAAUGUUAUGCAAUCUUACUGAAAAGAGGGAAAGCAAGUGUGCUGUGUACUAUCCCACAAAAGAAGAUGAAUUCCUAACUUUCCAGGGUGGCGUUUCUGUCAAAUUCAGAGAUCGAGAAGAGUUGUCUUUUCCGUUCAACACGAAGACGAAGGUCGAAGUUACCUAUCUUGAAGUAACGAUUAUGGGUCAUGCGCCACAAAUGUGCAAACAUUACCAUUGGAUAGAUUGGCCUGAUCGAGGUGUCCCCGAAGCAGAUUUGGCGCCACUUUAUCUUCUUUAUCAAGUUCGCUCUGUUAGAACACCAAUUGUAAUCCAUUGUUCCGCUGGUAUUGGAAGGACGGGGACAAUGGUUUUGAUAGAAAAUGCCAUGGAAAUACUUGAAAGAGGCGAACAACUUGAAAAAAUGGACGGAUAUUUACAACAGCUAAGAGCGCAACGAAAUAACUGCAUUCAGACUGACCAACAGUAUUUGUUCGUGCAUCAAGUUCUACUAAACUUCCUACGUGAGGCAGGGUGGCUACCACAAAGACUAAACUCCAGACUUAAAGAUUUCACUGAACAUUAUCUCAGACUAACUAGGAAACCUUAA